AUGGGAUUGUCAAUGUCCAACAGGCGGACUCUCCGGUGGAUCUUGUACGUCCUUGGAGUGGCCAUCAUUGUCCUAGCCUUUUGGCCGGUCCCUUAUCGCCAGGGAUCGGUGCGAGGAAAGUCCCGAGGGGCUCGGCCCGGCCUCAAUGCCAUUCGCAAUGAAACUUUAGGGGUUCAAAAAGUUUUCGCGAUCAAUAAGCCCAGCAAGGUGGACAAGAGGGACAACAUUGUCCUGGGCUCCACGGUCAGCGAUUUUUAUGUCGAGUUCAUUGAUGGAGUAGUCCCUGAGGAUAUUGACCCCAAUACCUACCCUUACAAUUUACACUCUGUUCCCAAGUCAGCCCAAUAUGCAGCUCGAAGGUCACAUUUGAAUGUGAUGCAACGGAUUGUGCACCAACGACUUGGUAGUGCGAUUGUCUUUGAAGAUGACGCCGACUGGGAUGUGACGAUCAAGACCCAACUCCAGAGCUUCGCUCUUGCAGUCCGAGCACUUCAGAAGACAGAGCGUGCUCAUACCGCCUCACCAUAUGGCGAUGAUUGGGAUAUCCUCUGGAUUGGUCAUUGUGGAGUGGAUUGCAGACACGAAGAGCCUUUUUUCCUGACGCCGAACGAACUUACUGUGGUCCCACCAACCCAUUUCCUCCCAUACUUGCGCGAGGUCCCUCACAUGAGAAGACCCGAGAAUUCCCGUAUGGCCUGCACUUUGAACGAUGGAGUCUGCUCCAAUGGCUAUGCCGUGAGCCAGCGCGGCGCUCAACGGAUCCUCGCCGCUCUUUCAGUCAACCCAUCCCUACUAGCAGACCAAAUCGACACCGGUGCUGAGUUUGACGUGGUUUUGGGUAGGAUGUGCGGCCAUGGAUAUCUGCGAUGCUUUGCGCCAUAUCCGUCUCUAACAGGAAACUAUCACUCAGCUGGGCUAGCAUCAAAAUUCUCCGACAUCGCUAGCGGUCCUGAGGAGAUGGUUGAGGCUGAAAGUCACGGGUUGAUGUAUAGCACGAUGUUGAACAUCAACCGGCUUCUGAAUGGCGAACCAACGGUCCAUGCAACGUGGGAUGACGUGCCAAUGUUGGAUGUUGACCCAAAUGACAUUUCAACACCUCAAGGAGGAACUAUUCAGAUGCAGGGAGCACAGGGAAUAUAUGCCAUC